AUGACCCGGAACUCGGACUCUGAAACCAAACCCCGAAAACCGACUCGUACCGGCAUGAGGCUCAUAGUACCCUUACAAGGAAUAGUUCAGGGGAGGGGUGGAUUAAUCCUAGGCUCGCUAAUCCCAUGCGCUUUGGUCUAUUUCCUUCAGCUUUACCUCAAGCGACACCGUUCUUCUAACACUCUGUCGCCGUCCACGUCAGCGGAGAACCUCCCGGAACUGCCUCGCUCUUCAUCACGCGCCAAUUUGCUGACGCGUGGAUCCAUUGGGCGCGUCCCCGUCUCAUCUAGGGCGAGCUCCAUUGCCAAGCCUAAUGAUUGUCCGUAUUACAUUGGAUUGGAUAGGGUCCGAGAGGACCCAUAUGACGAAAUAAAUAACCCGAAUGGGAUAAUUCAGCUCGGGUUAUCCGAAAAUAGGUUAUCUUUAGAUUUGAUUGAGGAGUGGCUUUCGAAAAAUUUGAGUGCUUCAAUGCUCGGAGAAGGGGGCGAUGAUCUGAAUAUUUGUGGAAUUGCGGCAUACCAACCCUCGGAUGGACUGAUGGAGCUGAAAGUGGCCAUGGCAGGUUUUAUGACUGAAAUAAUGGGAAGAACGAUAUCAUUUAAUCCAUCAUCAGUGGUGUUAAUAUCUGGUGCAACUCCUGCACUUGAGAUACUCAGUUUUUGCUUGGCCGACCAAGGGAAUGCAUUCCUUGUUCCCACACCCUAUUAUCCUGGUUUUGAUAGGGACAUGAGAUGGCGAACAGGUGUGGAGCUAAUUCCUGUUCACUGUCGUAGCUGUGAUGACUUCACUUUAAGUAUAAAGGCGCUUGAUCAAGCCUUUAAUCAGGCAAGAAAACGAGGACAAAAGGUCCGUGGAGUACUCAUUUCAAAUCCUUCUAAUCCAGUUGGAAACCUGCUGUCCAUAGAUAUGCUCUACGAUCUCCUAGACUUUGCUAGAGAGAGGAACAUUCAUAUAAUAUCGGAUGAAAUAUUUGCUGGUUCAAUGUAUGGCAACGAGGAAUUUGUAAGCAUGGCGCAGAUACUCAACUCUGAAGAUUCUGACAGGGAUAGGGUUCAUAUCAUAUAUGGGCUGUCCAAAGAUUUCUCUCUCCCUGGUUUCAGAGUCGGAGUUAUAUAUUCCUUCAAUGAAAAUGUUUUGGCUGCUUCCAGGAAAUUAACAAGAUUUGCUUCCAUUUCAGCUCCAACCCAGAGACUAGUAGUUUCGAUGCUUUCUGAUACAAAAUUUACCCGGGAAUACAUGAAGACAAAUAGAGAAAGAAUAAAGAAGAUGCACGAUUUAUUCGUAGAGGGUUUGAGAGAGCUGGGAAUUGAAUCCGCAAAAAGCAGUGCAGGUUUAUAUUGCUGGGUUGAUAUGAGCAGAUUAAUCAGCCCUUACAAUGAGAAAGGGGAGCUUGAGCUCUGGGAUAAACUUUCAAAUAUAGCCAAGAUUAAUGUAACUCCUGGGUCAGCCUGCCAUUGUAUUGAACCUGGAUGGUUCAGAUGCUGUUUUGCAACAUUAAAUGAAAAGCAGAUUCCUCUAGUAAUAGAAAGAAUAUUAACACGUAAUAAUUUAAUAUGCCCACAUCAGAAUGGGAUGAACUGGAGUUUGACUUGUUGCAGCAAAAUAAUUGCAUGA